AUGAGCGAUGAUGACGAUGACGACAACCAAGGUGAUUACGACGAUGAUGAUUCGUUGUUGGUUCAAGUGAUUAAAAAAAAAAGACUAUGUAAACAAGAAAUUUUGAGAUUGAUCGAUCGAAGUUCAGAACUUAAUGUUCAGUUGCAAUUAGAAUUUGAAGUUGGGGCAGGAACUCAAACAAAAUCAGUUAAAUUUUACGAGUAA